CAUUAUUACAAUCAAACUAACCAUGAAUUGGCACCGGCCACGUCAAAACAAAAAGUAAACAGUUAAAUAUGAUUGAUAUGCCAACUAUUUCGUAAAUAAUUUACAAACGACAUACAGAAUGGUGUUAAUGACAAUGAUAGCCCGUGUAGCGGAUGGCUUGCCGCUUGCUGCCUCCGUACAGGAAGACGAACAGGCUGGAAGAAGUAUGAUGGAGUUUCAAAACCAAGCAAAACAGUUAUUUCGGAAGAUCUCUGCUGAUCCUCAACCCCCUGCAAGAUGUAGCCUAGAGUCGGGACCAUAUAUUUUUCAUUACUACAUAGAAAGAGGAGUCUGUUAUUUAGUGCUGUGUGAUAAAACAUUCUCAAAGAGACUUGCAUAUUCAUUUCUUGAGGAUCUUCAAACAGAAUUUACAUCAAAUUUUGGAUUUAAAGUUGAAACAGUGUCAAGGCCGUACAGUUUUAUAGAAUUUGACACAUAUAUACAGAAAGUUAGAAAGAACUACAUGGAUUCUAGAGCAAGGAAGAAUUUGACUUCUAUAAAUACAGAGUUACAUGAUGUACAGAGAAUUAUGGUACAGAAUAUAGAUGAUGUAUUACAGCGAGGAGACUCUCUCUCAGUAUUGGACACUAAGGCCAGCAAUCUGUCAACGUUGUCUUCGAAGUACAAGAAGGACGCGAAGUAUUUAAAUUUACGAGCAUCAUACGCUAAAAUAGCAGCAAUAGUGGCUGUGGUAGUUGUGUUCCUUCUCUUUAUUCGUUACUGGAUUUUAUGAAGAGCUAUAGAAUAGACAAAACUCUAUCAUAACUGUGUCAUAAAUAUAGAUCAGUGACAAACAUUUUAAGUUUUCCCUCGCUUUACAUUUUAGUGUUCAGUACACUUUUGUUAAUAGUUUUGUCUGUGGACACCUGUAUUAGAUUGUCUAUAUAGAUCCACAUAUUUCUUAAAUUUAAGAUGUUAAUUAAUGUUGCCAUUGUU